AUGAAUCGUGAAGCUCAGCUUGAGAAACGUUUUAACGACAUUCUCAAAGGCAGAGUUCCUGCAAAUGCACAAAACUACGCUCACUUUUUGGAAGCGAUUUGUGCACAGCAAGACCCUGCAGCCUGCAUCCACAAAAUCGUGGAGAGCUCCCAAGGCUCAACCGCAGUUCAGGCUGCCAUGCGUCACAAUACUAACUCCCAGUUCCUCAAUGGUCCUGCAACCAAGCUUCUGCUAUAUCUCUUCCGAGCAACAGACCUCGGUGACGUCUUGGAUCACUUACUCAUCACCAUAGUUGAUCCUCCCAUUUUUUGGACUGCCUUUACCCAAGCAUUUGAUCAAGGUGAUCUCAAUGAGCCAGCUCAGGAAGCAUUCGCGGCACUCCUCCUUCGCCUCAUGUGCCUCACUACGGGGAAUACCUCGUGUUAUCGUGACAUUGCAAAGAAGUCUAGUAUUCUUACGAGGCUUCUCGACUCAUCACAAUGGAAAGUCAAAGACAUCGGCUACCGUAUCCAACAUAUCCUUUCCACAUUCAAUUCUGGUACACCUGUCACUGCAGUCGGGGGACCUGGUGGUCGCCAUGAUAAUGAUUUUAACGACUUCAGGGAGAUCUCCAUUCUUCCAACUGCAGACGAGAUUCUCUGCCAGCAGCCUCCUUUCAUUCGCCCGAGCAGCGUAUUGGAGGAUCCUGAUGGCGAGGCAACUCGUACAGCUGACUACCUGGAUAAUACCUUCCGCUUGCUGCGCGAAGACAUGUUAUAUGAAAUAAGAGAAGAGCUCCAGACCGCUAUAGGGCAGAAGAAAGGGCGUCACCGUGGGGUCACCAUCGACGGCGUCACACUCAUCGGCGUUUACAGCGGUGCGGAUGAUAGAAAAACUCGGUGGGGCAUCAAACUCAAAUGCCAAGAUGAUUUCAAGUCGAUGAAGAAUGUCCCUGACAAGCAGCGCAAGACAUAUCUCGAAAAAGAUCCAGCGGGCGUUAGAAUUCUCAAACAUCAGUCUCUCGUAUGCAUACUUUCGGGAAAUAAAGUAAUCAGUCUCGCAAGCGUCAAUCGCGUCGAGGCACUUCUUGCGCAGAAACCACCUGUCGUUGUACUUCAGCUAGAAGGGGAGGCUAGCAUCACAAAGACUCUCUUUCAGUUACAAUCAUCCAAUGACAUCCGGCUCGUUCAGAUUGACACUGCCCUCUUUGCAUUCGAGCCGGUCUUGAAGGCUCUGCAGAAGACGCAAGUCCUUCCGUUGUCGGAGGAGCUCCUGUUCUGGAAGGACGGGAACACCAUCGGUAGCGCUGCGGUGACCGCGGCUCAGGUUACGCGUCCACUUGCUAUGAAUCCGUCCAUGGAUUUGAAGCAGCUUCUAGGGCUUUCAUCUAGUAUUGUCCUUGAUAAGUCGCAGGCGGCAUCGCUAUUGGCUGGACUUACGCAGAGGCUUUCCCUUAUCCAAGGCCCUCCAGGGACUGGAAAAUCAUUCAUUGGUGCGCUGCUUGCGAAGGCCAUCUACGAUCACACCGAGCAGAAAAUCCUUGUAGUCUGCUAUACGAACCAUGCCCUAGAUCAAUUCUUGGAAGAUCUCAUGAAGAUUGGGAUUCCGGACAUUAGCAUGGUCCGCCUCGGCGGCAGACCAAAUGCGCAGGUCGCUCAUCUUGGCAUUGCGGGCCAGAAGAAAGAGCGUUUCAUUCGAUCCAAAGCUGAUUGGACUAUUAUUGACGACUUGAAAAAGUCAUCGACGUUUCACUGCAAAGCUCUAGAGACCGCCAUGGAUAGGUUCAUAGCUUCGAAGAUUAGUUUCACAGACAUCCUCACGUACAUCGAAUUUGAAGAACCGACCUACUUCAACGCAUUCCAUGUAUCUGAAUACGAUGCUUCGGGAAUGACUCGUGUCGGCAAGGACGGCAAAGCUGUCGAUACUGAGGAACUCAUCUUUCGAUGGGCCAGAGGAUUUGACGCUGGGCAGUUCAAAGCCGAGCCCAAUGUACGUGAGGCUCGAGAUAUUUGGAAAAUGCCUCCAGAUGCUCGCCGGGACGUGAUAGAGAGGUGGAAGUCAGAGAUACGCAAAUUAAUCCUCGAGGAGAUUUACACACUUGGCACAAACUACAACGGAUGCCAAGAUCAACUGACACGCAAGUUCGGGGAAGCCAGGGUGGCAACCCUCAUUGGAAAGAGAAUCAUCGGAUGCACAACGACUGGGGCAGCUAUGUUUGCGCAGGACAUUCGUGCGGCGAAUCCUGAUGUCCUUCUCGUUGAAGAGGCUGGUGAGAUCCUAGAAAGCCACGUCCUCACCGCGAUGGGUGAGACCACAAGCCAGAUGAUUCUCAUUGGUGAUCACAAGCAACUGCGUCCCAAAGUCAACAACUACAAGCUGACUGUUGAAAAGGGUGAUGGGUUUGAGCUCAACAGAUCACUAUUCGAGCGCCUGGUUCUCAAAGGCUUUCCUCAUGAAACUCUGACAGCCCAACAUCGUAUGCGUCCAGAAAUUUCAGCAUUUAUCAGGAAAAUUACGUACCCUGACCUCACGGAUGCUGCCAAGACCCAAGGCCGUGGCAACAUUCGCGGUAUUCAGGACAACGUCAUCUUCAUUGACCACACUCAUCCUGAGGAUGACGACUCUCGUAUCUCAGACAAAGGUGAUGGGGCUUCGUCUGGGUCAAAACAGAACACCUAUGAAGUAGAAAUGGUUUGGAAGAUCGUACGCUACCUCGCUCAGCAAGGCUAUGGGACGGAGAGGCUAGUCGUUCUCACACCCUACCUUGGGCAGCUUUCGAGGCUUCGAGAUGUCCUAAAGAGGGACAAUGACCCUGUGCUCAAUGACCUCGACUCACAUGAUCUCAUCCGAGCCGGACUUAUGUCCGCAGCUGACAACACGUCCAAGAAGCGCAUCAGGCUUGCCACGAUAGAUAAUUAUCAGGGUGAAGAGAGUGAUAUUGUCAUCGCCAGUCUGACGAGGUCCAAUAAAUCCAACGACAUCGGCUUCAUGAACUCCCCCGAACGUCUGAACGUGCUUAUCUCCCGGGCUCGAGAUGGACUCAUCCUGAUCGGGAACUCGCAGACAUUUAUGAAUGCUCGGAAGGGCAAGGAGCUAUGGGGAAGUUUUUUCAAGCUCGUCAAAGAAGGCGACCACAUGUACGAAGGUUUCCCGAUCAAAUGUGAACGACACCCGAAUCGAACUGUCCUAAUUAAAUCUGCAUCCGAAUUUGAUACUCUCUGUCCCGACGGUGGAUGCACAGAAAUAUGUAACACCAUGCUGAACUGCGGCAUCCAUCCUUGUCCACUUAAAUGUCAUCAAAUCGCAGACCAUUCCCAAAUGCCAUGUCAACACCCGUACUCGGACACGUGUCCUGUCAACCACAAGUUGAAGUGGAAGUGCCAUCAGUCAAAGCCAGACCCUUGUCCAUUUUGUGUCAAGGAAGCCGAACGUGCCGAGGAGAAGCGAAAACGCGAACUCGAACUGAAGCAGAAACUGGAAGAAGAGGAACUGCAACGUCAAAUACAACGCGAACAGGAGCGGUUGGAGCACGAAUUACAAAUGGCUAAGCUGAAUGCUGAGUUGAAGGCGGAAAUGGAUGCUGUAGCUGAUGCCCAGGUCGCGCAGCAGCGAGCAAAUGCCAUGAGGCAGAAAAUCAAAGAUAUCGAGGCAGCCAGAGCCAAUGCACUGAAGGCAGCUGCAAAUGCGCAGGCGCAUGCUGAUGCCGCCCAUUCUGCUUCGUCAUCCAGGACGACAAAUCCCGUACCUCCCACACCUCCAUCCAAUCCGCAAUCAAACGUACCUCCGCCAAACGCUACUCCUCCGUCGCCGCCGCCGAACCCACCACCAAAAACGAAACCUUCACCUAGCCAGACUCCUUCGAAUUCCAAGCAAUCGAAGCCUCAACAACCUGGACCUUCCUCGACGUCCCCGAUGAAUGCAGUACCUACGUCGGCUGCCCAUCAGGAUUGGUUGCAUCAGAAGCAAGUCAACGGUGAAAAAAAUAGCGCAAUCGAUAGUAUCAUGGAGUUGACAGGGCUCGAGGAUGUGAAAGCCCAAGUGCUCCGUAUCAAGGCCCAUAUUGACUUGAUGAAACGGCAAGGCGUCCCUCUAAACAAGGAGCGUCUCAAUCUGGUCUUGCUCGGCAAUCCAGGAACUGGAAAAACCACAGUCGCAAGAUUGUAUGCGCAAUUCCUCGAAUCAGUUCAAGUUCUCCCAGGCGAUGCGUUCAUUGAAACGACGGGUUCAAGCUUGGCGCAUGAAGGGGUGGGUGGAGCAAAAAAGCUCAUAGAAGACGCCAUGAAGGUUGGAGGAGGCGCUAUUUUCAUCGAUGAAGCAUACCAGCUCGUCAGCGAACACCAGCACACAGGAGGUCAGGUGCUGGACUUUCUCCUUGCCGAAAUGGAGAAUCGAGUGGGUACUCUAGUCUUCAUUCUCGCGGGAUACAGCAAGCAGAUGGAGAAGUUCUUUGAGCACAACCCUGGCCUUCCCAGUCGUGUUCCGUACACUCUCAAGUUUGCGGACUACACCGACCCGGAGCUUCUAACGAUGCUGGAAGCACUCAUUGAGAAACGAUAUUCGGGACAGAUGAAGGUGGAAGAUGGUAUCAGGGGCUUAUAUGCUCGAAUUGCAGUGCGUCGACUUGGACGCGGUCGAGGUCGCGAGGGGUUCGGAAACGCUCGGGCAUUACAAAACAUGUUUGCGAAGGUCGCCCAGAGACUAGCCGAACGACUUAAGAAGCAACGCCAGCAAGGGUGGAUCGCAGAUGAUUUUUUAAUCACCAAAGAGGACUUCAUCGGUCCUGACCCAUCCCAGGUCCUUCCGCAGUGCGCUCCUUGGGAGAAGCUACAGAAAAUGAUAGGCCUUGGUUCCGUGAAAGACUCUGUUCGUAAUUUCUUUGACAUCGUCGACACAAACUAUCACCGAGAGCUUCAAGAGAAAGAGCCUCUUGCGAUGUCUUUGAACCGCGUCUUUCUUGGCUCUCCAGGAACCGGCAAAACGACAGUUGCGAAGCUCUAUGGACAAAUACUCGCAGAACUAGGACUCUUGAGCAACAGUGAAGUCGUCGUCAAGAAUCCAUCUGAUUUUGUGGGCGCAUACCUUGGUCACUCAGAGAAGAACACCAAAGCUAUCUUGGAUAGUACUGUUGGUAAAGUCUUAGUUAUAGACGAGGCUUACAUGCUGUAUAGCAAGAAUUCUGGAUCCCAAGACCAAUUUAAAACGACUGUAAUCGACACCUUGGUCGCAGAGAUUCAAAGUGUACCUGGAGAAGAUCGCUGUGUUUUGUUAUUGGGAUACAAGGAACAGAUGGAAGAGAUGUUCCAGAACGUGAACCCCGGGCUCGCUCGCAGAUUUGCCAUUGAAAAUGCAUUCACUUUCGAGGACUUCACUGAGUCCCAACUGCGGGAUAUCUUGGACUUCAAGCUAAAGGAUCAGGACCUUGGGGCCACUGACUCGGCGAAACAAGUCGCCAGUGAUCUUCUGAGCAGAGCCAAGAACCGCCCUAACUUCGGCAAUGCUGGUGAGGUGGAGAACAUGCUCGGUCUGGCAAAAUCCCGCUAUCAGAAGCGUCAAGCAUCGAUCCCUCCCGAUCAACGUUCCGAUGUGAUCUUCGAGCCUCAAGAUUUCGAUCCAGAUUGGGAUCGCGAUCGCAAUGCUGCAGCUAAUUUGACGAAACUCUUCGAAGAUCUUGUUGGUUGUGAUGACAUUGUGACGAAGCUGGGCAACUACCAGAAAAUUGCUCGUGCGAUGAAGGCUACUGGCGUGGAUAUGCGCAAACAAAUUCCAACGAGUUUCAUUUUCAAAGGACCACCAGGUACUGGCAAAACAACUAUUGCGAGGAAGUUCGGUCAGGUGUAUUACGACAUGGGAUUUCUUUCUUCGUCUGACCUUAUCGAGUGUUCCGCCUCCGACCUCGUAGGGCAAUACGUGGGUCAGACCGGCCCAAAGACGAAGAAACUUUUCGAGAAGGCCUUGGGCAAAGUACUUUUCGUGGAUGAAGCGUACCGACUUAGCAACGGGCAUUUUGCGCAAGAAGCUAUUGAUGAAGUUGUCGGCCUCAUGACCAACGAGAAGUUCAUGAACAAGAUGGUCAUCGUUCUUGCAGGUUAUGAGAAUGAAAUGAACGCUCUUUUGAGUGUUAAUCCGGGUCUCGCCAGUCGUUUCUCUGAAGAAAUCACUUUGACCAACAUGACAGCGGCCAAGUGUCUUCAAGUGCUCGACAAGGAAUUGCAGAAGACGCAGAUCGUCUUGUCCGAGCUAGCUGACACUAAUUCUUCUGCUUACUCCGAGAUGGAGAUUAUAGUCGACCGAAUGUCACGCUUGUCGAACUGGGGGAACGCCCGAGACGUCAAGACUAUUGCCCAGAGACUCAUCCAUCACGCCUUCAAUACUGUGGCAAAUAGUCCUGGGAGUACCCCAUCGCUUACUGCAGACGAGGCGAUAGCUAUCAUGAAGGACCUACUCAAUCAGCAACGCCAGCGACUGAAUAUUCCACGUAUAACCACUUCACCCUCGUCAACCAAACUGCCGAUGGCAUCGUCCAGCAAUUCCGCCCCUCCCCCACCCCCUUCCCAAUCAGGUUCUUCUUCCGCAACCAAUGGAUCUCAACCACCUAAACCACCUUCCCAAAAGAGCUCUUCAUCCAACCAGUCGCCGCCAAAGCCUCCUCCGAAGUCAGGGCCACCCUCUACACCCAGCGGAUCUCAACCACCUAACAAGCCACCUUCACGCCCUAGCGUACCAUCUAACGCAUCGCAUCCAAAAGUUCCGCCUCCCCGACCAUCAACCCCCUCGUCUACUGCAAAGGUCACUCCACAACCGACUUCUCGUCGCUCAAGGCAGCCCAGGGGUUCUCAGCAGGCGUCGCCCGCAUCAUCCAGUUCGCACAGUCUUCCUCCUUUCUCUAUUUCAGGCGCCCGGACUGCUUCUCCUAUUCUGUCAAAUGGCAGUAUCCCGCCAACUCCAAAUCAGCGAGGGAAAAACAUGCAGUCACAUAUUCAAAGCACCCCGCGACCCCAGUCUACCAAUGAUGUUCGGCGUGACCCAGGAGUUGCCAAUGCUGUCUGGAGGCAGUUGGAGGCCGAUAAAGCGGCGGCGCAGGAGGCAAAAAGGAAAGCGAUCGAGGAGAUCAAGAGGCGUGAUGCUGAAUUGAGUAGAGCCGCUCAAAGACAGCAAGCUGCGGAGGCUGCAGCUCGGGCCCUUGCUCAGCAAAGGGCACGAGACCAGGCUGAGCGGGAAGAACUCAGGCGCCAGCAAGAGGCGGCUCGAAUUCGAGAGGCGGAGGCAAAGGCAGAAAGGGAGAGAGCUGCUGCUGCACUCUUCCAGAUGCGUCGGGAGGAAGAGAAGAAGAAACGCGAAGAAGAGAGGAUACAGCAGAAGUUGAGAAAUCUCGGUGUCUGCGUACAAGGCUACGCAUGGAUCAAACAACCAUUUGGUUACCGUUGUGCGGGCGGCAGCCAUUUUAUUAACGACUCCCAGCUGCGCUAAGUUCCGUAUCGAUUCUGCGUACGGUAGCAUUUCCUUUACAUGAUUGUGUUUUAGACUCACGGCACUUGACGUUGAUAGUAGUAGGCCUACU